AUAAUUAAACAGGCCGAAUUGUUAUGAUUUAAAUUACACACUUUUUUUGCGAUUAAAAUCAAUUAACAUGCUUAUGUAACAUUACACAAACAUACAGUAAAUUUAAUAAAUAUGGAGCAGGUGUACGCGCUCGGCGUGUCAUGUAUUGAACUGGUACAAUAUUGGCUCGAAGACUAUGGGGACUAUUUUAGAAUUGUCAAUCACUUCUCCAAUCCACACUACGUUUUGGAAGUGUUAUUUCCCCUUAUCAGUAUUCUGGACUCUGUAUUUGCUUCUCAGCUGAUUGUAUGCAUGUCGUUUGGAGGCUGGAUGAAUGCCGUCUUGAAAUGGUGGCUUUUAGAAGACCGUCCGUAUUGGUGGGUCAGAGAAACGACAUUCUAUAGCAACACAAAUAGACCACAUUUACACCAAACAUUUCAAACUUGCGAGACAGGUCCCGGUAGUCCGUCCGGUCAUACCACCACAGCCGCUUCUGUGCUGAUCCUUGCUGUGAUGUGGAUAUCACACAUAUGUAACGACAGGAAAUGGAAUCCGUUUUGGUGGAAAUAUUUCACAUAUCCAUUGUUUGGGUUUGCGCUUGCAUCUGUAAUGUUUGCAAGAUUGUUUGUAGCUACACACUUCCCCCAUCAGUGUUUGUUGGGCGCUAUAUUGGGUUUAUUCCUGGCGCCAGCGCUCUGCAUAUAUGUGACUGAUCCAUUUAUAUGGCGGUACAGCGUUCACGCCACAAUGCCAAUCAAACAGGCGGUGAUAUGGCACGUGGUCAGCGCCAUAGUCGCCAUAUUGAUAAGUGUCGUCACUUACUAUAGUCUUGUGCUGUGUGGUGUUGACCCACAUUACACUGUUAAACUGGCAUUCCGCUGGUGCGAGGAUCCAGACAGCAUCCACGUGUCGACGACGCCCAUGUUCGCUUUGGUGCAGUGCACCGCCAAUCUGCUCGGCUGCGCGCUUUGUAUGUCACCCGUACUUGCUGAGUACCGUCACAACACAAAGAACAGGUCGCUCAUCAUGUCGAUCCUCGCAACCGUUAUAUCGAUAUACGCGUUCAAACAACUCGAAGAGAACAUCACUAGAGCUAGCGCGUUUAAGUACUAUACAUUACAGUUUAUAUUGAACAUGGCAAGACCAGCCUUGCUAUUAAGAUUCGUUCCAGCAGUAGCCCAGUGGCCGUAUUCCGGUCAGAUUAAAGAGAAAGUUAAUUAAUAGAUUAAAAUUAGAUAGAAAAACGAAAUAUUUAAAAAUGAAAAAUCUCUAUUUAAAAUAAAUACAAAAAAGUUAUAAAUAAACAUGGUAAUAAAAAUUAUCAAGUACAUACAACUCUAAAAUUUUAUUUCGUAUGUUUUAGUUUUAAAUAAUAACAUAAUUGACAAUUGUCUCCUAGAUAAAACAAAGACUUUAAUUCAUGUACUAUAAAAGCUUAACACAUACUGUAUAUAAUCUAUGAAGCUUUAGACAUUAAAACAUAGCUUGUAUAUAAAAAAAUAACAAAAAAUAUUGAGAUUAGUAAACAUGUUCACGAAAACAAUUACUACUCAAAAAUACAUUUUUUUUUUUUUAAUUUUUAUGUCUGUGAUUGACAAUCAUCUACUAGACUACACGAAGCGUUUAGUUCUUGCAAUGAAAUAGUGUUACGCCAAAAAAUAUUAUAAUUAAUAUAUAGUUAUUGGUAGGGCUUUGUCAAAGCCAGUCUGUGUACUUGUGUAGGUACCACCCACUUAUCAUAUUAUUAUAUAUUCUACUACCAAACAGCAAUACUAUGGGUGAGUGAGCCAGUGUUAUUACAGGCACAAGGGACAUAAAAUCUUAGUUCCCAAGGUUGGUGGCGCAUUGGCUAUGUAAGCGAUGGUUGACAUUUCUUACAAUGCCAAUGUCUAAGGUCGUUUGGUGACCAUUUACCAUCAGGUGGCCCAUAUGCUCGUCCGCCUUCCUAUUCUAUAAAAAAAUAAUACUAUUGUUGUGUUCCGGAAUGAAGGGAAGUGAGCCAGUGUAAUAAAAAACUAUACAAGGAACAUAACAUCUUAGUUCCCAAGGUUGGUGGUGUAUUGGUGAUUUAAGGAAUUGUUAAUAUUUCUUACAGUGCCAAUGUUUGUGUAGUGUGGCCAUUUACCAUCAGGAUGAACCAUUUGCAUACAUACAUAUGUAUAUAAUACAUAAAUAUUUGUAAAUGGGCUUAGGUACGCAACGUAUGCCUCAAUUAUGCCUUGUUAAAUAUGUAAGCGUUUUACUUUUAGUUUUUAAUAGAUAUUUUAUAAAAUAGAAUAUCUAUAUAUAAAUAAUUAAAUGAGUUGAAAUGUCUAGAUUUAUGUACUUUUUUGUUUUUCUCUGCUAUAAUACAGCAGUGAUACGGGUGAUAGAAAAUAUGAUAUUUGGAUUUGAAAAUAAAGAUGGCACCACUGUCAUUUACUUGUUGUAUAAAUAUGUCUUCUUUGAUUUUGGAAGCAAAUUUGACAUUUCAUCUUUAAUCCAUUACUAUAAUGAAGUAACGCAGGUUUAAAAAUUCCUUUUUUUAAAAUUUGAUUCCAUUUUCAAAUUUAAUUUUUUAUAUAAUGUUAUUUGUUUUAUUGUAAACGCACACAUUUUGAUUGUGAAUGGUUGUUUUAUAUAUGCUUCAUGUAUAUUUAUUAAUGCAAGGUCAUUCGGCAUAGACUUUAUUCAGACAGCCUUCGGGCGGACUCAAGUAAUAUAGAUAAUCAAAAAUUAAGUUGAUCCCACAGAUUAUAUACAACUAAGUAAUAACAUAUAUAUGUAUGCUUUUUUUGUUAUUCAAUUUAUUACAUUUUCCUGUGAUAUAUUUACGCUACACCAAAAGUUUGAAUAUAAUUUAUGUUAAUAAAAUUAAAUACCAAUCA